AUGGCAAGAUUAGUCGUUCAGUUUCUUGUUUUCAUUCUUAACCUUUCCAUUCUUGAGUACUCCUGUUGUCAACAACAGGAUACAUCAGUUGCCAGCGUCUCAACCUCUUGGAAAAACAACGUCUCUUCCACCGCUAUGGGAACCUUCACAUUUUCUGAUGGUUCUACUCUUAGGCCUAUCCUAGCAAUUUACUCUUAUCGCCAGCUAAAUUUCACCUUUGGUUUCUUCAAGGAUGCAACUAGUGAUUCCUUUUAUCUUUCCAUACUUAAACAUCCACUCUCCACAAAUUCAUCCUUCAAUUUUUCAAAUUAUCCACCAGCAGUUCUUUGGUGUGCUAAUCGAGAACACCCAGUGGGAGAGAAUUCUAGUCUUGAAUUUAAAGCCAACGGAAACUUGGAGUUGAGAGACACAGAUGGUACGCUUGUUUGGUCGACCAACACCUCUGAUGCCUCUGUUACGCGAAUGUUUCUAUUGUUUGGAGGAAAUUUGAGACUUGUCAAUGGCAGCAAUGGUGUGCAAUGGGAGUCUUUCGAUUAUCCAACUGACACAUGGGCUCCUAACCAGCUGCUGCAUUAUGGCCAGAUGUUAACAUCUAGUGUUUCUCCAUCCAAUUUCUCUACAGGCUUGUUCUAUCUCUCUGUCGCUGAUGAUGGUGUUUAUGCUUUCAAUGAAUCAAAUCCUCAAACCUUUUAUCAGAGACUAUUUUCAUAUAAUGGUGACUUUACCACAUUUAACUUUGGCAUUGGGUCCUUGAAUCAAUUGCCAAAUUAUGUAAAGUACGAACCGAAAGGUAGAGACUUCCAGUAUAUGAGGCUUGAUCCAGAUGGGCAUCUGCGGGUUUAUCAACUGAUUGAUGGGUACAAAAACGGUGUGGUAUCUGAUCUCUUUAGCAAUGAUUCUUUUACACGGCAGGAAUCAGCAAAGAAAAGGGGACCAUCUUCAGUUAAAAAACUAGCAAUCCCUAUUCCUGCUUCCUUGUCAUUCGUUAUUGUUUGUGUUUAUGGAGCUAUUUGGUACGUAAAAAGAAAGAAAAAGAAUGCAAAACAAAAGGAUAGAAGAGAAUCCGCAGGACAGGAAGCAGAAGGAAAUGAAUCUAUGAAUCGAGUAGAAGAUGUGCUGACAAGUUUCUCUUAUAGAGACCUUAAAUCAGCUACGAACAAUUUUGAUCCUAGAUCAAAGAUUGGUCGGGGAGCAUUUGGAGAGGUAUUUAAGGGUACCUUAAAUGGCAAAACAGUAGCAGUAAAAUGUCUUUCUGGUUUCCGAGAAGGACGAAGAGAUUUCGAGGCAGAGGUGCAGACCUUGGGCCGAAUUCACCAUGUUUGUCUGGUGAAGCUCAUUGGGUAUUGCAUCACAAGAUCGAAGAGACUUCUAGUUUACGAGUACGUGUGCAAUGGAUCAUUGGAUAAAUGGAUUUUCCACAGAAAUGGAGGACAGCCUCUUGGGUGGGAAAUUAGAAAGAACAUUGUUUUAUCCAUUGCAAAAGGACUCUUGUAUCUCCAUUCGUUUUGCAAUCCACAAAUUAUUCACUUUGAUAUCAAACCCCAAAAUAUUCUCUUGGAUGAAAAUUUCAUGGCCAAGAUUUCUGAUUUUGGUUUAGCAAAAUUGAUAGAAGGAGAACAAAGUCGUGUGUGGACACUCAAAGGAACUCCAGGUUAUAUCGCUCCUGAGUUGUUGACUGGAAACAAUAUUACAUCCAAGGUUGAUGUUUACAGCUUUGGCAUAGCAAUCCUGGAGAUUGUUUGUGGACGCAAGAAUUCAAGCCAAAAUGAUGAUCAAGUACUCGUUGAUGUAGUGAAGAGCAAAGUGGAAGAAGGUCAACUAUCUGACUUAGUUGACAAGCAACCAGAUAUCCAAGCAAAUAUGGAUGAAGCUGUUAAAAUGUUGGAGAUUGCUAUACACUGCCUACAGCCUUACCGUAGAAGGCCUUCCAUUUCUACUGUUGUGAAAUUUAUUGAAGGUUUAACGCCAAUGGAGCGGAUUACUGACUACAGCUUCUUAGCAAUUCUCCCAGAAGACACCAAUCAAGAUAUACCUGCUAGCCUGCCCCUCGUGGGAUCAAUCUUAUCAGGUCCUCGGUAA